CUCUGGAGACUCUAGCCAACUCCUGGGGAGAUUCACACCCAUGUACCAUCUUGGAGGGGCCCAAGGCAGACAGGCCAUGAGACCUUAGGCCAUGUCGAAACGUGACGUCGUCCUCACCAAUGUCACUGUUGUCCAACUACUGAGGCAACCAUGCCCUGUGAUCAGACCACCACCACCACCACCACCACCACCACCUCCCCCACCUGAGCCCGUAGCUGAGGAGCCACCACCCAAGACCCCAUCGCCACCACCAUCGCCUCCUCCAGUCAAAGUAGAAGAGAAGGCACCUCCUCCGCCGCCGCCGCCACCGCCGCCUCCUCCUCCUCCGCCACCCAAAAAGCCAAUGAAAGAGCUAACAGUGGGCAUCAAUGGAUUUGGACGCAUCGGCCGCCUGGUACUGCGAGUCUGCAUGGAGAAGGGCAUUAAGGUGGUGGCAGUGAACGACCCGUUCAUCGACCCAGAAUACAUGGUAUACAUGUUCAAGUAUGACUCCACGCAUGGGAGAUACAAAGGGACCGUGGAACACAAGGAUGGACGACUAGUUGUGGAUAACCUUGAGAUCAACGUGUACCAGUGCAAAGAUCCCAAAGACAUCCCCUGGAGUUCUGUAGGGAGUCCCUAUGUGGUGGAGUCUACAGGUGUUUACCUGUCCAUAGAGGCAGCCUCGGCACACAUCUCAGCUGGUGCCCAGCGUGUGAUCGUCUCUGCGCCCUCCCCCGACGCGCCCAUGUUGGUCAUGGGCGUGAACGAGAAGGAAUACAACCCUGGCUCUAUGAACAUUGUCAGCAAUGCAUCUUGUACCACCAACUGCCUGGCCCCCCUCGCGAAGGUUAUUCAUGAACGCUUUGGGAUCGUGGAAGGGCUAAUGACCACAGUCCAUUCCUACACGGCCACCCAGAAGACAGUGGACGGGCCGUCAAAGAAGGACUGGAGAGGCGGGCGAGGGGCUCACCAGAACAUCAUCCCGUCUUCCACUGGGGCUGCCAGUGCUGUAGGCAAAGUCAUCCCAGAGCUCAAAGGGAAGUUAACGGGAAUGGCAUUCCGGGUGCCAACCCCAAAUGUAUCUGUCGUGGACCUGACCUGCCGCCUGGCCCAGCCUGCCUCCUACUCGGAUAUCAAGGAGGCUGUGAAAGAAGCGGCCAAGGGGCCUCUGGCUGGCAUCCUUGCUUAUACAGAGGACCAGGUGGUCUCCACGGACUUUAUCGGCGAUCCCCAUUCGUCCAUCUUCGACGCUAGGGCUGGCAUUGCCCUCAAUAACAACUUUGUUAAACUCGUUAGCUGGUACGACAACGAAUAUGGCUACAGUAACCGUGUGGUCGACCUCCUUCGCUACAUGUUUAGCCGCGAGAAGUAACCCGAGAGGCCCCUCCUAGCUUCCCCGCGCACCUCACGCCCCUGCCCUCGGGUCCCCUGCAAAGGAGAUCGCGCGGUUCUCCCGCCGCCGCCGGGUCAACAAUGAAAUAAAAACCAGAGUGCGCACA